AUGACCACAUAUUUCUUUCUUAACCUUUUUUUAUUUUCCAUUUGUUUCAUCGUUUCUCUUUCUCAUGCACUAAACAAUGGUUUUAGUGUCGAACUCAUUCACCGCGAUUCUUUAAAAUCACCCUUCUACCAACCCAAACAAACUAAAUACCAACUUGUUGCCAAUGUUGCACGUCAAUCCAUUAGCCGUGUUAACCAUUUCUACAAAGAUUCAAUCACUAAUACUCCCGAAUCAACUUUAAUCCCGGCCGGAGGUAGCUAUCUCAUGACUUAUUCGAUUGGUACCCCACCAUUUAAGUUAUAUGGUAUUGCUGAUACUGGUAGUGACAUUAUUUGGCUUCAAUGUAAGCCAUGUAAAGAAUGUUUCAACCAAACUACUCCGAUAUUUGAUCCUUCAAAAUCAUCAAGUUACCAAAAUAUUUCCUGCCUAUCUGUAACAUGUCAAUUUGAACUUGAUACAUCUUGUCCUACAUUAGAUUCUUGUCAAUAUAGUAUUCAGUAUGGUGAUCGAUCAUAUUCAAAAGGAGACCUUGUUACUGAUACUCUUACGUUAGAUUCCACCAUUGGCCAUUCUAUUUCAUUUCCUAACACAGUGAUAGGAUGUGGAACCCGAAAUGCAGGGACAUUUCAAGCUCAAAGCUCUGGUAUAGUCGGCCUUGGAGGUGGAUCUAUAUCUCUAACGAAACAAUUGGGAACAACAAUUGGUGGAAAGUUCUCAUAUUGUUUGGUGCCAUUGUUUAUUAAGUCAAACGCAACAAGCAAACUCAAUUUUGGAGAUGCAGCCAUGGUUUCGGGUCAUGGUGUUGUGUCAACUCCUUUAGUGGAAAAACGCCAUCAAACUUUUUACUAUUUGACAUUAGAAGCAUUUACUGUUGGAAACAAAAGAAUUGAAAUUGUAGGGGAUUCAAGUGGUGGUGGUGAGGGUAACAUCAUUAUUGAUUCAGGUACUACGUUGACUCUUUUACCAAGCAAUGAUUAUACUAAUUUGGAAUCAGCUGUAAAAGAAUUGGUUAAACUAGAUCGUGUUGAAGAUCCAGAUGAUAUAUUUAAACUUUGCUAUAGUGUCAAAUCUGACAAAUAUGAUUUUCCUAUAAUCACAGCAAAUUUCAAAGGUGCAGAUGUUAAGUUGCAUCCUAUUAGUACCUUUAUUCCAAUUGCUGAUGGGGUGGUUUGCUUUGCUUUUAUCCCAUCUCAAAUUGGUUCCAUCUUUGGGAACUUGGCUCAACAAAACUUGUUGGUUGGUUAUGACCUCGUUAAAAGUGUUGUAUCGUUUAAGCCUAUUGAUUGUACCAAGUUGGAUUGAUUAUAUCAAUUUAAUGUUGUAUUCACAAUAAAUAAUUUAUCAGUACUUCCUUAUUUUGAUUAAGACCUCCAUUUAGCCUCUAAUUGUCAACAAUGCCAACCUCAAUUUCAAUCUAAAGUAUUAU